ACCAUUUUCAAACCCUAAAAUGCUGUUUUGUCUGAAUCAGAGAGAACUUCAAGUCUCAUUGUAGAUAUGUACUGACCCAGAAGAAGAAGAAGAAGGAAGAGGAAAAGGUUUAUUUGACUAGUGAUCAGAAUAUAUGGAUUCAGAAGAAGAAAUACUGAGUCUAUGUGUUUCGGAUUCUGAUGUUGAUUAUAAGGAUUUGUGGAGGGUAGAGAUUGGUGAAGAGGUGAAGAAGCAACUGGCGUUAGCUGGACCUCUAACAAUUGUUGGUGUUUUGCGAUACUUUACACAGGCUGUGUCUUUGAUGUUUGUGGGUCAUCUUGGAGAAUUACCUCUCGCAAGUGCUUCCAUGGCUGCUUCCUUUGCUUCCGUCACUGGUUUCAGCCUUUUGAUUGGAAUGGGAAGCGCAUUGGACACCUUGUGUGGUCAGGCCUAUGGAGCAAAACAUUAUCACAUGCUUGGCAUUCAUAUGCAGAGAGCCAUGUCUGUUCUUUUACUUGUAAGUGUUCCUCUGGCUUUCAUCUGGGCCAAAACUGAGCACAUUCUUAUGAACCUUGGCCAAGAUCCAUAUAUUUCAAGGGGAGCUGGGCGGUAUGUUUGGUUCAUGAUGCCUACACUAUUUUCCUGUGGAAUUCUACAAUGCCUUGUUAGAUUUUUGCAAACUCAGAAGAUUGUAUUUCCAGUGAUGCUAAUCUCAGCAAUUACUACUUUAUUUCACUUCCCCACUUGCUGGAUCCUGGUUUUCAAGACUAGCUUCGGCAGUGCAGGUGCUGCCUUGGCCUGUUCAAUCUCUUCUUGGAUCAACGUGUUCCUGUUAGUACUUUAUGUCAAGUUCUCACCUGCCUGCAAGCAAACUUGGACUGGCGUUUCUGAAAUGAAUAUUCAAGAUGUCCUUAGCUUUCUAAGAUUAGCCGUUCCUUCAGCCUCUAUGGUCUGUUUAGAGUUCUGGUCAUUUCAAGUGUUGAUUCUCAUUGCUGGUAUUCUUCCUAAUCCUCAGCUGGAAACAUCAGUAUUGUCAAUCAUCCUCACUACAUGUGCAAUGUUGUUCAAUAUAUACUUGGGAAUAGGCAGCGCUGGGAGUAUAAGGAUUUCAAAUGAAUUGGGCGCUGGGCGACCACAAAAAGCAUACUUGGCAGUACAUGCUGUGCUAAUCCUGGCCAAUGUGUUCGGAAUGCUGCUUGGGUCGAUCAUGUUUUUGUUGCGUCGUACUUGGGGCUACUUGUUUAGCAAUAAAGAGGAAGUAGUGAAAUAUGUUGCCUCCAUGAUGCCUUUGCUAGCUACUUCAGCCUUAUUGGAUGCAAUCCAGUGUGCACUUUCAGGUAUUGUUAGAGGAUGUGGGUGGCAGAAGAUUGGAGCCAUUGUCAAUCUGGGAGCUUAUUACCUUGUUGGUAUCCCUUGUGCUCUUCUUUUUACAUUUGACUUUGGCCUUGGAGGGAAGGGGCUUUGGAUGGGGAUUCUAUGCGCGCUCUUUCUGCAAAUGUUGUGUCUUCUUGUUGUGACUUUACAAACUAAUUGGGAGCAACAGGCAAAGAAGGCUGAAGCUGAGGUCUGCAGGUCAAGGUAUAUGGAUUAUGUUCUAAGAUAGGCCUGAUUAGAGCUACUUCUUCCAUGUAACAGUGCUUACAAAUGAUUUAAUUUGUAGAAGACUGAGACAAUAUGUAGUUGUAAGGGUGGAAAAUGAUUUAUGUUUUACUCAUACCUAA